AUCGAUUAGCCGGACUGCUAAAUGCUGAUUGCUGCGCUACAUUCGGCUGCUCCUGCCUGCGUUGUGCUCAUGCUAGUGGUUUUAACUAAACGAUUCAUAAGGGACCAAAUGCCUGGAACGUCCCAAAACCGAUAAAUGAUGGCGAACGACUCGGUGAAACUGUCCAAAAACCUUCUGCGGAUGAAGUUCAUGCAGAGGGGCCUGGACGCGGAGACCAAGAAGCAACUGGAAGACGAGGAGAGAAGAAUCAUCAGUGAUGAACACUGGCACCUGGACCUGCCUGAGCUGAAGGCCAACGAGAACCUGAUCAUAGAAGAGCCGAGUUUUGUUCCCUGUGAGAACCUGAACUACGGCCGCAUUUCCUUCAAAGGUUUCAACCCAGAGGUGGAGAAGCUGAUGGUUCUGAUCAACCCCAAAGAGGAAGGAGCAAAUGAAGAGGAGCAGCAGAUUGGCCGAAUGCAGACGGACGUCACGGACGAGGAAAUGGCUCUGAGGUACGAGAGUUUAGUUGGAAGCAUGAGGAAGAAGUUUGCAAAGAAACGUGAGAGAGCAGCGAUGGAAGACCUGAACCACAAUGACACGAACUCAAAGAGAGUUUUUCUGAAACCUCAUGAGUGAAGACUGAGAAUGAUGUUUAUUUUUAUGUAAAGGACUAAAGAGACUUUUUAAAUUGCUGUGUUUGCUGAAGCAGCAUGAACUGUGUUUUAAGGCUGAGCGGAUGUCAUGCGUUCAGAUUUUUAUUAAUGCGAAGUUGUGAGCACAGAAGACGAUUAAAGCAGUUGCUCCGUAA